CAGAGUUGACAUUUCGUUAUUUAAACUCUGCAUUCAUCGUUUUAUCCCAAGCCAACAUAAUAUCGUAUAUAAACAUGUCAUCUGCAUAACACAAGGCUUAAACAAUCAUUUCUAACAUGCCAAAGACAAUAAAGGAGGAUGUCUCUGACGUAUCCCCUGUCUUAUUCCUGGACCCCAGCGGACGACCAAUGCGAUUCUACUUAAUACCUGGUCCCGCCAAAGAACUAGUUUACCCAUUGCUGGUAAAAGCAGGUGGUUAUAUGUGUCGCAACCAAGAGCCUGGUGCUAUUUUACUACUUGACCCCAAGGCUGCAAAUACUGUCACGACAAACACUGAACAAACCUACAUCUCUAUUCAAUACAUUACAGAUUGUGUAGAGCAGAACCAGCUGUUAGAUAUGGAUACAUACACCGUCAGUAUUGGGCCUUCAGUCCAGAAAAGUAGGGCUUCCCGACACCAGGGAAAUGGACGGAUGGUUUACUCGUAUGAAGAUGAUGCUGCCAUACUGAAGUUUAUGGAAAAGCGCCGCAAUGAAGCGAAAGGCAAUCUGGUUUGGAAGGAAAUGGAGAAACAACAUGUCACCGCUCACACCUGGCAGUCCAUGAAGAAUCGAUUUCUAAAGCACCUUCAGCAUAAGCGUAUAGAUAAAACCCCGGAGAAAUCUUCAGGGGUGGCCUCCAAAAGAAAAGCUCUUUCGUUUAUAGACAGUUCAUUGAGUAAGGAAAACGUACCUCAAACCUCAUCCAAGGCCGAUUCUCCUCAAAAGUCACCUCGGAAGUCCGCUUUCGUCUCGGAUGCAGCCGGUACACAAAUUGCCACGGAGAACAGCUUGUGUCCAAACCCUCAGCCUUCUCCUGAGGGAGCAAAUUCACCUCCACAUGUUGCUGAAGUUGCUGAGGAACCUAGCUCGAAUGAUGCUGGACAGCAGGACUCUUGCCCUGAGAUUCAAGAACAGGAAAUAAUAGAUGAAGAAGAACAAACGCAACCUCAGCAAAAUGGUGAAAGUCCUGAAACGGCCAAAAGAAGAAGAUUAGACGGUGAUUGUGAUGGACAAGACAUUCCAGAUGGAUCAAAUGGACAUUCCUCAUCUUUCAUUGAACCCAGACCAUCAACCUCCCAAACCUCUACACCCAUGUCUCAGAAACUUGGUAUACUUGCAAGAGCUGCUAAAGAGUUUGAGGAUUCAGAUGGGAUAGAUGAUGAAAGUGAAGAGGAUGAGGGUCCAAGUGAAGCACUUUUAUUGAAGUCCGCAGACACACAUGAAAGUUCAGCUGCACCUGCAGUGGUUGCAGUGGAACCAGAGAACCAAGCUGAGCACCGUAAUGACGCCCAACAGGCUGCAUCAACAGACCUUUGCAAUGGGUCAACACAGAAACCUGAAGAUGAACGUCCUGGACCCAGCGGCACAGCUGUCCCUGUCACAUCCAAAGCCCAUGAAUUCAUCUUUGAAUCAGAGACACAGGAAGAAGACCUCAGCCAGCCGACUCCAGCUGAAACACUUUCAGGUGGCUUGCUAGACAUCAAACAGCACGUUAUGAACUUGAUGAGAGAAACAAAGAAAGACUUGGUUGAGGUCACCAAGGCACUGUUAAUGGCCAAUGGUGAUUUGGUCAAAGCUCAGGUUUAUCUGGUCGAGGGCUAUGACUCUGAGACACACGGACCCCUCUGGACCUCUCAAGAUGAUGAGAUCCUCUUACAAGCUGAUCCAUAUGAACUUGAGCAGCUUCAGUCGAAAUAUGGAGAGGAAGAUGUGUCCAUGAGGAGGACCUUCCUAAAGGCUGAUGUUCACUGAAGAGUUUUUUGUUUUGGGCUGUUAUGAAAAAGUACAUUCUCAUUUUUUGUAAUUCUGGUUUAAAAAGAUUUGAAUAUUUGAGUUACUUUUGUAUAAGA